AUUAGACCUGGAUAACCAAGAAGUUUGCAGAUGAUCGCUCCGCACAACCAGAGAGCUUGGAACUCCUCUGUCCCCGCUUUCCUCUGAGCUACCCCAGACAUCUGUUCUCCAGGAAGAAGGGGAGUUAGAAGCACAGACCUGCCGGCAGCCCACACCUUUCAUGCCCGGGUUAGGAUCGGAUCCUGCAGAGUAGAGGCCCCGGAGGCUCCCGCCCCGCCUGCUCCGUGUGUGUGCGUGCGUGUGUGUGCGUGUGUGUGAGUGUGUGUAUGCGCGCGCGCGCGGGAGGUGGGAGCCGCUGCGUCUGGACGCGUGGCGGCGGCGUGGGCGCGGCGCUGCAGGUGUGAGUGACACGGCCGGGAUCGCCGGGACCCGCAGAGCCCGAGCUGCCUGCGGGCUGCCGAGGAGGACGCCGCUCGGCCGGCGCCGGGUCCCCACCCAGGUGUAACCUUCAGUAGCAGAACAAAUCAGUCCUGCAAGCAAGCUGCCAAGUCUGCUUGUGCCUUGUCAAAGAGAGCAGCUGGACUCAUUUUUAAUUAGUGCUUCCUAACACAACAUCUCUGAGUCACUGAAGGAGACCAGAUAGACCAGAGUUUAAAAAUUUCCAGAAACUUUGAUAGACAUUGAAUGCAAAAGGAAAGGAUACCCAGGUUGUCUUUGCAUAAAUCUGGUUGAUUUAAGAAAAAAAAAAGGAGAAAAUAAGUGUAACUUUCACUAAGGAAGCCACAUGAAUGUAUACUGCCCUGAGAGUGUAUAAUGGAUAAUGGUUAUCGAAACAGCCCAAACCUCUAUCACGGAGCAAGAGAUAUAGCUCGAGAGGUGACCAGGCAGUCCCGGAACCAAGGAAUGGAUGACUACAAGUAUCAGGACAACUAUGAGGGCUACGCCACCAGUGAUGGCUAUUACCGGGGCAACGAGUCCAACCCAGAGGAAGAUGCUCAGAGUGAUGUUACAGAAGGCCAUGAUGAGGAGGAUGAGAUCUAUGAGGGCGAGUACCAGGGCAUCCCCCAUCCAGAUGACAUCAAAGCCAAACAGACCAAGAUGGCACCGUCCAGGGCAGAUGGCCUUCGGGGCCAGGCAGACCUGAUGGCUGAGAGGAUGGAAGAUGAGGAGCAGCUGGCACACCAGUAUGAGACCAUCAUUGAUGAGUGUGGUCAUGGGCGCUUCCAGUGGAUUCUCUUCUUUGUCUUGGGUUUGGCCCUGAUGGCCGAUGGAGUGGAGGUGUUCGUGGUGAGUUUUGCCCUGCCCAGUGCAGAGAAGGACAUGUGUCUGUCCAGUUCCAAGAAAGGAAUGCUUGGGCUGAUAGUCUACUUGGGAAUGAUGGCCGGGGCCUUCGUCCUGGGGGGCCUGGCUGAUAAACUGGGAAGGAAGAGAGUCCUCAGCAUGUCUCUGGCUGUCAAUGCCUCCUUUGCCUCGCUGUCCUCCUUCGUGCAGGGAUAUGGCGCCUUCCUCUUCUGCAGACUCAUCUCAGGCAUCGGUAUUGGGGGUUCUCUGCCAAUUGUUUUUGCCUAUUUCUCUGAAUUCUUAUCUCGAGAGAAGCGAGGAGAACACCUCAGCUGGCUGGGCAUCUUCUGGAUGACUGGGGGCCUCUACGCGGCCGCCAUGGCCUGGAGCAUCAUCCCCCACUAUGGCUGGGGCUUCAGCAUGGGGACCAAUUAUCACUUCCACAGUUGGAGAGUAUUUGUCAUUGUCUGUGCUCUGCCCUGCACUGUGUCCAUGGUGGCCUUGAAGUUCAUGCCCGAGAGCCCCAGGUUUCUGCUAGAGAUGGGCAAGCAUGAUGAAGCCUGGAUGAUUCUGAAGCAAGUCCAUGACACCAACAUGAGGGCCAAAGGGACCCCAGAGAAGGUGUUCACGGUUUCCCACAUCAAAACUCCCAAGCAGAUGGAUGAAUUCAUUGAGAUCCAAAGUUCGACAGGAACUUGGUACCAGCGCUGGCUGGUCAGAUUCAAGACCACUUUUAAGCAGGUUUGGGAUAACGCUCUGUACUGCGUGAUGGGGCCCUACAGAAUGAACACCCUGAUUCUGGCCGUCGUCUGGUUCACUAUGGCUCUCAGCUAUUACGGUCUGAUAGUGUGGUUCCCUGACAUGAUCCGGUACUUUCAAGACGAAGAAUACAAGUCUAAAAUGAAGGUGUUUUUCGGUGAGCACGUGUAUGGUGCCACCAUCAACUUCACGAUGGAAAACCAGAUUCACCAACAUGGAAAACUCAUAAAUGACAAGUUCACAAAGAUGUACUUUAAACACGUACUCUUUGAGGACACCUUUUUUGACGAGUGCUACUUUGAAGAUGUCACAUCUACUGAUACCUAUUUCAAAAACUGCACCAUUGAGUCAACUGUCUUUUACAACACAGACCUCUACAAGCAUAAGUUCAUCAACUGUCACUUCAUCAAUACCACCUUUCUGGAGCAGAAGGAGGGCUGCCACAUGGAUUUUGAGGAGGACAAUGACUUCCUGAUUUACCUUGUCAGCUUCCUGGGCAGCCUGUCUGUCUUACCUGGGAACAUCAUUUCUGCCCUGCUCAUGGAUAGGAUCGGAAGGCUCAAGAUGAUUGGUGGCUCCAUGUUGAUUUCGGCCGUUUGCUGCUUCUUCCUGUUUUUUGGCAACAGUGAGUCUGCGAUGAUUGGUUGGCAGUGCCUGUUCUGCGGGACCAGCAUCGCUGCCUGGAAUGCUCUGGAUGUGAUCACAGUGGAGCUGUAUCCCACCAACCAGAGGGCAACAGCCUUUGGCAUCCUCAAUGGAUUAUGCAAAUUUGGCGCCAUCCUGGGAAACACUAUCUUUGCUUCUUUUGUUGGGAUAACUAAAGUGGUCCCCAUCCUUCUGGCUGCUGCUUCUCUGGUUGGGGGUGGCCUGAUUGCCCUUCGGCUGCCAGAGACUCGAGAGCAGGUCCUGAUGUGAACAGCCUGUGGGGAGAGGACAGAUUGAAAGGAUCUUGGCCAGGAUAAUUAACUGCAGCCCCACUUCCUGACUCUCAGUGGCCACAGGAGACCUUGGAUAGCUCAGGAUAAGAAGUUGAUUUUGUGACCUGUAGUUUAGGACCCAUUUCAGCUGUCAGUAUGUAUGUUUCUCAGGUGAUUUGGGGGUGCCUUGAGCCAGCCUUAGAACCCCAGAACUGUGUGCUUGGCUUCAGGUCUCCCCAGCUCAAGGUAAGAAGAGAACUCUUUAGUGGGUGCACGUAAUAAGCAAAGAGUAUGCAUUUCCCUAAGUGAAGUGCAAGGGCUCUUAUAUUUUUCAAAAUGAAUUUUAGGGUGAGAGACACUCACACUUCUCCAAAAAGCUCUGGGAGCCCAGUGACCUAGCCCAAUGACCUGGCUGGAGUUGGAGGCAUUACAUGAAUAUUGGGCUUGAAGAAUAGGAUAUGUAUAUUUUUGCAUUUGAAAAUAUCACUGACAUAUUUUCCACUUGAAAAUUGGCACAAUAGCAUCAAAGGUACUUUGACAUAAAAAAACCAAAUAUUUGAGCACUGUCUCUAGAGGUGAACUUUUCUCUAGUGUCUUAAGCUUUCUGUAAUGACUGGGGACACAUGUAAGAAUAUUUAUUCUUGUGCUGCUCUGUUCAAAGAAACACAAUGGUCAAGCUAUUCUGUAAACUAAGUUUGUAUGUAACUUUCUUUGGGUUUUUCUUUCACAAAUGGCAGCUGCAAAGAUUGUCAGCAUUUUAACCAUAUUUUGGGAGAACUUGGUAUUUGGAUCCCCAAAUUGAGUCUAAUGAAAUGUAAGCAGUUUCUUAAUGCCAUUUAACUUGUCAUCAGAAGGAGGCACUUAACUAAGUACAGUUUCAUUUGAGCCAAGCACUUUUCAUUAUGUAGGUGGACUGGUUACUUUGUCCUCCUACAUAGAUCACUUUGAAGGUCAAGCUCAUGGUCCUCAGUGCUGGUGUUUGGCUUUGUUGCUCACCCAGAAGCAAUAUGAGGAGCAUCCCAUGACCUUGGGCAUCUUUGCAGGCAAGAAUAAAAUGACACAGGGCAUGGGAGGAAUGGUGAAGCUUAGUAGUUCUUCAAGACGUAAAUUUAGCAGUAAAGCACAUUUGUCGUGAUGGUCGGUUCUCACAAGACACCAGUGCUAUGUGUUCCUGUUGUGGGCUUUUAAAACUCUGACCACUGGGAGUGGAGGCAUAUAAUUAGUAUCAGAUAAAGUUUUUUUUCAGGACUGUAAGAGACCUGAGAUGCAGUUUGGAAAAUUAAAAGGUCAAUGAGUGGGGCAAGGAGCCCAAGACAAACUGCUCUGCUAAGGUUCAGCAGUAGACUGAAGUCUUGACUGGAUGCAAAACAAACUUUUUAGCCAUCAGAACUUCUAGCAAUGAAAGAAGCAGUUAGCUGGGAGUUCCUGCCCUGAUGGUGAACUUUCCCACGCCAAGCGAGCAUCACUCUGCAAGAACUAUUUUGCUGAGUUGUUUUGCAGCGCUCUCAAUAGUUGUGCCGUGCUUCUCUUUCCCCAUCAGAAAUCUCCCAAGAUUUGGCACAGAGUAAUAAUUGCUGAAUUGAGUGUUUUCUCAGUCUUGAGGAAAUGCUCAAGGCAAGCUAUCUUUCUGUAAUUCUCUUGAUUAGCAAGUGAAUAGGGGAAAGAAAAAAUGAUCUGACACCUUUCCCACCCUCAAUUUGAGAUCAGUUUUAAUGAUUAAAGCAUUUACUCUGCUGCUCUUGUCUCAUUUUUUUCUGUACAGGGGAGGAAGACACAUCAACCAUGGUUUGACUCCCUGAUUCCUCUAAUGUAUACAUUUAUGUAUAUAUAUAAAUAUACCACUGUGUAUUUAUGUUGAUCUCAAUGUUUUAUAGGCAUUAACUAACAUAUUGCUAUGCCAAUAAUGAGAGACUCUGUAAUAUAGCUGUAAUAUACUUUCCCUGUUCAUGUGAUUUGAAAUAUAGUGGCUAGGUUUGUACAAGAGAGAUGUGUGGAUCUGGGACCACCAAUUCCUUCUUAACAUUAUUCUCUGAUGGGAUAAUACAAUUAAUCAAGCAAUUACUACUUAAGAAAUGUAUGAGGCAAUCAGGGAUUGCAUUUCUAGUUAAGAUGAAUGGUGUGAAUUUAAAAUCUGGUGAAUUUUGAGGCAGGGGUGGCUGGCGUGACUUUGGGUUAACUCCCUUUGGUUUCUAAGCUCGAACUACAUCAUUAUCUUUAUGGCUCCUUCAACCAGCUGCCUAACCAACCAAGGGCAGGUCUUGUCUCAUCCAUCACACGGGCCCGUGGGAAGGGGGCAGCCGUGGCCAGCCUGUGGCCUUCCCUGUGAAGGAUUGUCUGGCCCUGGUACCUGCCACUUCUUCUGUGCUAUCGCUCCUGCUGAGAUGAAUGUGUCUUUAAAAAUAGUCUCUGUGGCAGGUCACUGGGGGAUAAUGUACAGCUUUCCUGGCCACCCAUACUUUUUCAUUUCGUGUUCUACCUCCAGGAACUCCCAGCGGCAUCCGUGGAGGGCUAAAGGCUUGAGGUGCUCUUUCGUUGAGCAAGGUUCUGAUCUGUGCAAGGUUCAUGAUGUAUUUCUUGAUGCCCCAUUUUGGAGUAGUUUGUUACUUUUAAGAAUCUCAACUGUAUUGUGUCAUCGCCUGAUGCUCCUUUUUGAUCUUUUGUUUUAUUAAAGGCAUCUAGUGAAAGA